AUGGCCGACGUCGCCGUCACAGAUGCCGGCCUGCGCCAGACCAUCACGGAGCGCCUCGACGCCGUCCACGUCGAGGUGACGGACAUGUCGGGCGGAUGCGGCCAAGCCUUCGCCGCCCUCAUCGUCUCCCCCCAGUUCACCGGCCUCAACUCCCUCAAGCGCCACCGCCGCGUCAACGCCGCCCUCAGGGACGAAAUCGCCGCCAUCCACGCCUGGACCGCAAAGUGCCGCACCCCGGACGAGUGGGAGCGCGACAAGGCCGCCGAGCCCGUCGAGGGCAUGGGGGCGUGA